AUCGCCAUCCUCUCUCCGUCGCGUAGUUCAAGGAGCUUUCCUCUGAUCAUCCUUGAAUAUCUCUCUCUCCCUCGUCUUCUUCUACCUUUGUAACCGAACAUGAACUCAUCGUCGUUGAACGUACUUGUUUCUCCUCCUCUUAUUUCUACCUCAACACCAACUUUAAAAGCUUUCCAUCGACCUAACUUUUCUUCCAAGCCCUCUAAAAGGAUCAGUUGCAUGCACGAUCCCAGCAUCAAUCUUAACUUCGGUUCGAAAUCGAAUCCAAAACAUGACUUCCCUGUUUCUUUCGCCACGGCUUUCGUCGAAGCUCCCUUGGGAACAACAACAACAACAACAACCUCGGCCGACAAGCUCCACCUCCUCGUAUCCGAGUUCCGGUCCUUAACCGAGCCAAUCGACCGAGUCAAACGUCUCUUGAGCUACGCGACGGCUCUAGCUCCACUCGACGACUCGGCUCGCGUUCCGGCGAACCGAGUCACCGGAUGCACGACUCAGGUAUGGCUGGAGAUCAAGGUGGACGAGUUAGGUAGGAUGAGGUUUAAAGCAGACAGCGAUUCAGAGAUCUCGAAAGGGUUCUGUUCUUGUCUUAUCUGGAUCCUCGACGGCGCUAAACCGGAGGAAGUGAUGGGCGUGAGAGGCGAGGACUUGUCGGAGAUGAACGUUGGGGUUCACGGGAAGGUCCAGUCAAGGGUUAACACGUGGCAUAACGUGUUGAUGAGUAUGCAAAAACGGACCAAGGCUCUUGUUGGUGAUGCUGAUGUGGUGCACCGAGAAGGAGACAGAUCAGCACCGCAUCAGCAUAAUCUUUUGUUUGAUUAUGUUAAUGGGAGAAGUUACGUGGAAUCUGCUUCUAAGGUUCAUCGUGAUUACUCCAUCUCGGUGCUUCCUUUGGGUUAUGAUUUUACGAUAUGAAAUGUUGUUGGUGUGUUUCUUUUAGAAUGUUUUUGUAAAGUCUUCUGGAACAUAAAUUGAAAGUUUGUGUUUCUGUAUUUUGCAAAUUAAUAGUUUUUAGGAUAACCAACUUUUAGUUAGUAAGAUUAUUAACAUAAAUGGCGAUGGGAUAAUCCUAAAAUUAAAACCAGGAUUCUCCAUCACAUCCAAGUCCUACUGUGUGAGAAGACUUUUCGUCGUUGGCAACAACAAAAACUUUUAGUUGUUGGUCAAAGAAACCAUAGCAGCAAAGAUAAAGAUUGCAUAAAAUAAAAGAGAAACUACUUAGUAUCAAUGAUUGAUGAAAUCCUCUCCACAGACUAUUGAAUCGAAAAAUAACAAAAGUAUCAAGCUUAUCCAUGGAGCAAGGCAUGUUUUUUUUUUUUGUGUUUUAAUAAAGUAUAUUUACUUACAGAGGUGAUAACUGAUAAGUAAACCAUGGAUGGUGUUCAGUCGAUACCAUUUUGAGUCAAUAACUGGGACGAUCAAACGCUUAUGGUCUAUCAGAUGCUUCUAUGAUCGACAGGUCAAUCACUCAAUCGAUUACCUUUUUUUCUCAUCUUGUUCAUUUUCCACCAGACUAUUUGUGUUCAAACUUAAGCAUGAUCGAAUCAUGGGAAACCCUCAUCUCAUGCAGAUUUCCAAUGCAUGAAAAUUGUAUAAUGUUCAAAAUUCCGUGAGUUUCAUCUUUUCGUC